GGGCUGCAAUGGCUGACGGAUGAUGCUUCCCGCUGUUUGGCAAACACCAAGGUCUCUCUAUUGUGGUGCGCAUAGCACAAAGGCGAAAACUGAGUGCAUGUAUGCGCCUCUCCCAGCCAACAAUGACGAGCCCUGCGCGGGCGGAGAGGAGACGCCAGUUUGUAGUCGUUUGUGCACGGAAUGGCCCGUGCGUGGGAAAGGGGCGCGGGCUGAAUGGGGGCGUUGUGCAGUCCGGGGCGUCCGGCCGCCCGCCUUCUGACCCACAUCCUCGAUCAGAGCCUCUGCUCGUCGCCAGCCACAGCGAGCGCACCCCUUCCCUCGCCAUCCCAGCCAUCCUCCGACCCUCACCCACUAUCUAUUGCGUUCUUGCUGCCAUCUCGCUCCGACGUCCUGCAUUGCUCAUCACCCCGCGUCACUCGCUCCUUCAGCUUCACUCGCACGCGUCGCGCAUCCAACGUCCCUCGCACCGCCCUCUCGAUACUUUACCGCCCCCCACCUGCUAUAGUUCUUGCCUGUCUGUAUUUAUAAAGACGGCCGCACGCGUUCUGCUCGCUCAGCUCUCCUCGUCGCCGCCCUGGCUGUUCAUGUUCUGAACUAUAUCUCGCUUUUCGUCGUCCACUCCUCGCGCCUCUGUUUCCCUUCUCCGCUCGUACACUAUUGUUGUCCCUAUGACUUCUUCCAUCGCAGCCCGUCGUCCCCCUCCCUCGUUCACCCCCACGCAGCCGCCGGAUGAAGGCUACCUGAACCGCUCCCUCCUCGACAACAUCGACGCUCAGGGGGAUGCCGAGCCCGUCUCCUCAUCCGAUUCCGAGGCAGCGGGUGCGUCUGCGACCACCUUCGGCUCUCUGUCGACCGCAUCCUCCUUGGGCUCUCCCUCCAUCCCAUUCCACCUGAACAUGCAAUCACAGCUCGUCCCGCCCCGCUCUGACUCGCCCAAUCAUCAUGCUCUCGGUCCACUCAAGUCAUCCCAGCACAGCACAGACUUCCUGCAAAACAACAAUACCACCCACGCAAUGUACAACAACAUCACCAGCAUCGGUCUCCCCGCUUCCGAAUUCCCACUAUCUUCGACGGAGCCCGAUGCUCUUAAUUACACAUCUAAGGCAGACGGCAGUUUUGCUGCCGCUCCCUUCAGGACGUCGACUGCGUUCUCCCCCUUCCACCGCCCGCGACACCCCAAUCCCUCCUUCCGUGAUACCUCGUCCGCCUUCCCUAACUCAACAUACCCCUCAUCAAACGACCUCUUCGGAGCUUCUCAAAACCCGAUUUCACGUUUACCUGCCUCUCAACCGCAGUCUGCCCUGCCACACCCGCUUGACUCACUCCAGCACACCGGGCGCUCGUUCGAUUUUGCUCCGGGGCCGCCUCAGUUCAACGGCUCUGUUUCUGCCAACGGCGCUUCGCACAACAAACAGUUGUAUGCUUUGGACGCUUUCAGGCAGGGCCUCGACUCGACGCCCACUCUGCUUCCCAAGCAGCCAGGCGCUGCGUCUGGCGGUCAAAGCCUCCUUCAGAACUCUCAGCAUCCCCACCAGCAGGCUUUCCAGGCGCCAUACAUGAACGGCCUAGGAGGACACUCCUUGGUCCCCGGACAUCACGCCCAACCUCAGUUUGGGGCUCAUCUUUCUGCAAGCGGCGCAGGGCCUGGACAAGGGGGUGCCCCAGGAAAUGGAGUAACGGGCGCUCCGAACAUGAAUCAGACGAACGGUCCCGCACCCAGCUCCCAGGCGCAGGAGGAGAUCUCUACCAUCUUUGUGGUGGGAUUCCCAGAUGACAUGUCGGAACGAGAGUUCCAAAAUAUGUUCACUUUCUCAGUUGGUUUCGAGGCGGCGACGCUCAAGAUCCCGAACAAGGAGUCGACUUCGUAUGGCAAUGCCAACGCCCAGGGAGCUCGUCCAGGGGGGUUGCCUAUGACUUUCGGUGGCUCGAACGACCCUUACAAUAUCGUCACCAUGAACCAGGGUGGCGUUCUGAUUGAUGGCGGUCGGGACGGACCCAUGACGUCCUGGCCUUCUUCCGCCCCGAACGAUGAAGGCCACUUCAUGCAGAACAACGUGCCCAUGCAACCGCCACGGAAGCAGAUCAUUGGCUUCGCGAAGUUCCGCACGCGUGCCGAGGCUCUUGAAGCACGCGACGUCCUUCAAGGCCGUCGUGUCGAUGUCGAGAAGGGUGCCGUCCUUAAGGCAGAGAUGGCGAAGAAGAACUUGCACACAAAGCGCGGUCCCGGAGUGGGACCGCUGGGUCUCCCGCCGUUCCCAGGCAGUGCUACCGGCACGGGUGCCCCAGACAGCAUGUCGGGCCAUCCGGGGCUUCCCGCUGCGGGCGAGGCGCUUACUCAGCGCGACAAGCAGCUCGGUGCGCUUGGUGCCAUGGGGAUAGACCUCAGCGGCUUCCCCCAACGGCGUGACAGGCUCUUUGACGGACGUGAUGAGGAGGAUCGUGACCGCAGGCGGGGCGAUUUCGCAACCAUAGGUAUCGGUGCCUUUGGUACCCGCGGUCCCCGCGAGCGCGCCGAGGAAGAUGAGCGGGAGAGAGAGCGGCGGCGCAAGGAGGAGGUCGCCCGCAUGCGGCAGAAUUCCUUCGCAUUCGAGGCCUUCCACUCCGUUCCUCAGCAAAUGGUUCGUCAGGGAGCCAAUUCCCUUCUCUCUGCUGAGAACGGAAUUGUUCCAAACGGCCUCAACUUGCCUUCGUCGCCGCCUGCCCUCCAGAGCAUUCCUUCGCAAUCUGAGGGAAUGUCUGGGCCUUGGGGCAAUCUCCGCGAUGUCGGCGCAUCUGCUGCGCUGAGAAAGAUGGGCGUUCCGCAACACCACAUGUCCGGUCUUCCUCCGCGCCCACAGUCUCCCUCCGCCACGUCUCCUCCGACCUUCGAAGCAAUCACGAAUGGCUCGGUCGGAUCGCAGAACGGCCACUCUGCGCCCGGUAGUCGCGGCACUCAGUUCUCGCCUGACUCAACCCCGUCUUCCCUUCCUAGCCAUCCUUCACUGCCUUCUCGACCUCCACGCGCGCAGUCGCCAAGCAGCGAGCCGCAGUCCUAUUCGCAGUCGUCCCAGCCCAACUCGAAGCCUCCGAGUGUCAGUGGCUCGCAAAGUGGGCACGAGGAUGAGCUUGUCCGAUCGGUUGGCGCCCUCGCAGUGUCGACGGAGUCGGGCUCCACUUCGCCGCAGCUGCCGUCUCCUGCGUCGGGAACGAGCUCUGGUGGUGGACGCAAUGGGAGCGACCAGAACCCGCCUAUCAACACGCUGUACGUCGGGAACCUCCCCACCUCAACGUCACCGGGCGGCCACACCCUCAGUUUCCUCGAGGACCGCCUGAGGGAGCUGUUCUUGAAGCAAGCGGGAUACCGCAAGCUCUGCUUCCGCCAGAAGAGCAACGGCCCUAUGUGUUUUGUUGAGUUCGAGAGUGUCGAGUUUGCGACGAAGGCCCUUAACGAUCUCUACGGCGACACUCUGAAUGGUUUGGUUCGCAACGGCGGUAUCAGGCUGUCGUAUAGCAAGAACCCUCUCGGUGUACGUACCCCGAACAGCGGUGGUAAUGGGCCAUCCCUGCAACAGCAGCAGCAGCAAUAUCAGAGUCGCGAGAUGCAGGAUGGCAGCCGUGACGGCUUCUCCGGUGAUCCGUACCCUCGCCACUCUGAAUCGACGGACACCAUUCGAGGCGUGCGCCGUGACACCUCUAGCAUGACGUCUCCCGCCUCGUCCUACCGCUAUACCACAUCUCCUCCGCCACCCAGGUUCUUCUCACCGCCUCUGCCCUCAGGAACCUUCAGCGGCUCUCUUGCCACCUCUACGUCUUUCCCACGCGCUAAUCCUCAGGGGUUCGGAUUCUCAUCGGGCAAUACGACUUUCUCUCCUUUCGGCAUUCCUCACUCUUCGAUACCCGAUCAGCCCGUGGCUGACGCUAGCAACGACCAUCUCGCACACCCACUUACUCCCGCCGCGGCCAAUAUAGAGGCUAGCCGCGCCGGCUGAUGAUUGCCAUUCGCACACGCAAUACCUCGCAUGUACCAAUUAUGUGAAGUCUCCCUCAGCUCUCCUCUCUCUCUCACUCUCCGCAUAUUUACCACGUACAUUUUCCUGGACGUUCCACCAGCCGCUUCAAUUUGCAAUAUCGUGCACUAUCCCAUCCUUUCGAUCGCUUACAUCUCUCAAUCUCCAUGUGUCUCUCGAUCCAUUGUCACACUCUCACCUCCUAUAAAUCAAGUUUACAGAUGCUUAUAGUUUGGCCAUUCGUCCGCGCCCGUAGUAUCCCUUAGUUCUCCAUCCCCUCUGCCUUGCGUUGUUUGUCUGCACAAAGUACCGAUUCCUGCUCCCGUUGUCCUUGCAUUUUGCAUACAUGCUGUUCUGCUAGUCUCACCUGGGGUACAUAGCACGCUUAACCUGUUCCUCACGAUAUAUGUAUACUACUAUUUACG